AGAUGCCUGAGGUAAGAAUCGCCUUGAUUGGUUUGUAUAUACCUUGGUGGGGGUGGAGGGAGACAUGAAUAAAAAGAGAGGGAGAAGAAAAGAAAGGACAGCAACUGCUGUAUGAGUUGAGAAGCUUGAAAGUAGGGACAGGCUGAAGCUGCUGUGGGGAAUUAGCAGUGAGGGAGCUGCACCUACUGGAACAUGCCUUAGAUUAGUAGGGUUAGGGCUAGCAAGUUUGUUCUAUAAUUUUAAAUGGCUCUCUUGCCUAACUGAUUUCCCCCGUUUGUUCCUGUACUGUUCUUUGGAUUUUUUUGAAGAUUUUUUUCUAUUUAACUUAUUCUUGUGUUUCCACUAUUUUACCAUUCUCUCUGUCUGUUGUUUUGUUCCCACCUCAUGCCUUCUUGCCCUAUUUAUUUACCACACUAAUGAGUUUUUGUUAUUUUUGAGAGGCAGAAGUUUGAAUGAAUGGGAGUGGAACCAGUUAAAAAAAAAAAAAGCUAAAAAUCCUAAACUGGUGGCAGUGGGUGCCUAGACAGAGGGGCAGCUGAGGCCAAGCGCUCACACAUGCACACAACAAAAUUGUUUUUCCUUGUCAAUGUGAUCACGAAAGAAGCACUUCAUCAGGAAAUGAGUGACAAAUCACACUAGGAUCAGCUGUUGGUUGGAGCUGUUAGGGCCUUUCACUUCUGCGAUGUUUUGGAGGGAACUGAUAUUUCUAUUCCUGUGAACAGCAUCCGGCAAAGCCCAUUGAGCUCUGAGGUUGACCCGCUCAUUUCAAAGGCAGUGAGCACAUUGUGCAACUUGAAAUUAAUGGCUGAAUGUCUCAAUAUAUCUUCUUCUGAUAUUAAUAACUUUUAUAUAUGCAAAAUUAAUUUUGUAAAUAGUCCUUAAUGUUGCUUCAGCCAGGUCAUUACUAGGUGAGAGUACAGCAGUCCAGGCACUGCUUCAAAGACUGCCCCUUAUACCUGCCAACCCACCAAAACUAUGUCAUGUCCAGACUGCUCAGCACAGGCCUUCACACAUAGUCCCACUGAAAAAACCCCUGCUGCAGUGGAAAGGGCUUAAAGUGAGAUCAGUUGUAGACAUGUUUAUGUGAGCUAUAUUAUGUGCAACUUAGCAAGUGUCUGUUGUUACCUUACUAUCUCUGCCAGAGAGCAAUGGUUACUUCUUAUCUUUGUGAACUUUUUAAUAUAGGUUUACAUACCUGAUUUAUUGGGUCGAGGAUCUGAUUAGUAAGGUGCAAGCUUUCUUGCAGUCUUAGCAAUACCUCGUAUUCUAAUCCUCUGUCUUUGUCUUUCUGUCAUCUUUUUCUUUGCACCCCACUUUAAUUCCCUCAAGAGAAACAAAACACAGUAUGAACCUGUAGCAGAGAAUAGGAAGAUUUAAUUACCAAUUUACUGUGAUGAAUGUUUGGAUACCUAUUAAUUUGUAAAACUAGCCUCACAUUUAUAUAGUAAUGUGAUUAAUUAAUUAAUGUGAUUGUAUACUAAUAUGAUUUGUAUACUAAAGUGAUUAAUUUGUAUACUAAUGUAACUAAUACUUUGAAGAUGACAGAAUAGCUUCUCCCAUAAUCUGAUGAAAUCAAAUGAAGAGUCGAGCAUUAUAGAAUGGACUGAAUAAAUACAAACCUCUGAGUAAGACAUAGAUUAGAAUCACAAGCAAAAGUUCUCAAAACUGAAUUUGACUCAGCAGAGAUCACAUGCCUCUUCUUCACAGCAAAAAUGUUAUGACAUGAACAGAGUUGAGAAAAAGACCUUAAUCCUAUUGUUCUACAAACCUAUGAAUACAGAAUCAACCCCUUCAGUGCUAAGUUUCAAGAAGUUCAGUGAAAUAGAAUAGAAACAAUAUUUUUCUGAUUGUUUGGAGUGGAAUAGAUCUGCACAAGAAGAAAGUGAAACUAAGUGUGAGGAGGGAGGGGCAAGCAGACAAGCAGUACAAAAUGAAAUUUCUGAGCACAAUACUGCAUAGCCACAGACAGACAAGUCUUUGGAUCUUUUUGUGUGUAUGACCUGAGGUUUAUCACAUUCUUUCCUUGGAGGAAAAAACCUAUAAUGGCAGCAGGCCGUAAAAGAGACCCAGUUUGGCAAUAUUUUAAUGAAGUUCCUUUACCUAUCGGUAAGGCAGGCAUGCGUGCAAAAUGCAAACACUGCAACAAAGAAAUGCAAGGCCUGGUGGCCCGAAUGAGGCAACAUUAUGAGAAGUGCUGUGAUGAAGAUGACCAAAGAAACACAUUUGAACAGGCAGGAUCUUCAGGGGAAUUCAUGGAUUCUGGAAACUAUCCACCUUCAAGAUCACCAUCCUCCUGUUCUACAGUUUCAGAGUUAUCCAUCCAGGAUAGUGCUUCAUUAGCAUCAUCAUCAGAUACCCACAGCCACAUAUCACUAUCACCUAAAAGAAAGAAAAAAUCCUUCCCUCCUGGAACCACCAUAGAUAAGUUUGUGAUAAAAACUAGCAGAUUAGAAAAAGAGUUAAUUGAUGAAAAAAUUGCCCAGUUUGUUUAUGCAACGAACUCUUCUUUCCGUCUGACUGAGAACCCACAUUUCAUUAAUAUGGUUCAGUCACUGAGACCAGGAUACAGUCCACGCAGCAGAGCAGAUGUUGCAGGGAAACUGCUGGAUAAAGUGUAUGACAGAGAAAUGGAGCAAUGUGCAACAGCUCUGGAGGGUAGAGUUGUUAACCUAAGUAUUGAUGGGUGGAGUAAUGUCCACAAUGAUCCUAUUGUAUGUGCUUGUAUAACAACAGAAGAAGGGAAAGUCUUCCUUGCACAAACAAUUGAUACGUCAGGAAAUGCACACACAGCAGAAUACUUACAAGAAGUGGCAGUAAAAGCUAUAAUAACAUGUGAACAAAAAUUCAAAUGUCUAGUAUGCAGUUUGGUCACAGACAAUGCUGCAAAUGUAUCCAAGAUGAGAAGAAAUUUAGAAGAGCAGGAAGGGAAUACAAAGCUAAUAACAUAUGGUUGCAGUGCUCAUUUGCUGCACCUCUUAGCCAAAGACUUAAGUGUUCCAGAAAUAAAGACUAAUGUUGUUGAAAUUGCUAAAUACUUCCGUAACAAUCACUUUGCUGCAGCAGCUCUGAAAAGGAUGGGUGGAACCAAGCUAACGCUCCCACAAGAUGUUAGAUGGAACUCUGUGGUGGACUGUUUUGAGCAGUAUAUCAAGAACUGGCCUAUUCUGAUGACAGUUUGUGAACAAAAUUGAGAUAAAAUAGAUGGCACUGUCACGGCCAAAAUCCUCAACAUUGGGCUUAAGAGAAAUGUUGAACAUAUGCUGAGCAUCCUGAAACCCAUCUCUGAAUCUUUAAACAAAAUACAGAAAAAUAGCUGUUUUAUUGCUGAUGCUGUUGAAAUUUGGAAGGAACUGAGUGAACACUUCAAAACAGAACUACACAUGGAAAGAAUUAAAUUACAAGCAUUAAAAAAAACGAAUGGGACAAGUACUGUCUCCAGCUCAUUUUUUGGCAAAUAUUGUCAAUAUCCAGUACCAGGGUCAAAACUUAAGUGCUGAGGAAGAGGAGUUAGCUAUGACAUGGGUAUCCAGCAAUCAUCCAUCUGUAAUGCCAACUAUAAUAAACUUCAAAGCUAAGGGGGAACCAUUCAAGAAAUAUAUGUUUGCUGAAGAUAUUUUAAAGAAAGUCACACCAGUGAACUGGUGGAAGUCACUUAAGCACUUGGAUUUAGAGACUGUUCAAGUAAUGAUUUCACUUUUAACAGCAGUAGCUUCUUCUGCAGGCGUUGAAAGAAUAUUCUCUUCCUUUGGACUCAUUCAUUCUAAAUUGAGAAAUCGUUUGGGACCCGAUAAAGCAGGAAAGCUUGUUUUUCUUUUCCAGAUUAUGAACAAAGAAGAAGAUGAAGAUGACGAGUGAGCUACAGAGGACAGUAUUUAAGUUUUUCAUGUGUAGGCUGGGCUGACAGUCUAAGUUUCUUAAAAUAUAUAUAUAUUGUUUAGCCAAAUUAGUUAACAAACAUGGAUGUUUGUUUAAGCAAAUAACAUAUGCUGUAAUGUUAUUGUUUCAGUUGAAUAAAUCUAUUUAAAUUGUUA